UAUCUGUCUAUAUAUCUCAUCCAUUCCCUCCUGUGGGAAUACACCUCUUAAUUAGGUGGAGGAGUGUGGCGGGUAAUUACUGCAUGUUUGGCCUCUCAAAUUGAUUCUUACACAACCAUGUCGCUUUUAUAGAAGAGUCACAUAAUCCAUUUCCCUUUCUACUUUUUUUAAAUCUUGUUAAUAUGCGGUCCAUCUGAGAGAGUACUGUAGCAUGGCUAACAAAACCUGACAAAAGCCCACUACAGUGGUUCAAUAUGAGAAUUUUAUUUAUCUGUAUUUGUCACUUUUACUGGACAUGAUAGAAGGGAGCUGCUUGAGGAUGAGACAUGAGCUCAGCCGACUUUAAAUCAGAAAGAUUAAUCAUACAGGAAUAUGCCCAAUAAUAGAAUCAGAGUAGAAUGUUGGGGCAUUUUCAUUGAAUUAAUUAAAAUCAUUAUGUGAAUUGCUCCCAAAUGUUUGAAACAGCAAAAAUGUUUAUUUCUGUCAGAUCAAAACAAAAUGUAGAAUUAUAAACAUUAAUGAGACUACUGCCUUUACAAUAACAGUCAUACAGUUAUUGGAUGCAGAAAUACCAUAUGUGUGUUCAUAUCAGAUUAAUCAUUGAGUUCAAUUUAAAAUCAAAUACAAAUUAACCUUGAAGCACAUAUUCAUUUAGAAAUGUCUGACAUAUCUACCCUUGUUUUGACCUGCGCUAUUGAAACCACAAUCGAUAAUCAAUCAGUGAAUCAAUCCAUCAUUUAUAAUGACCACAUGACCGAGCUCAGUGAGAUAUACAUUCUACACGCCAUGUACAACAUCAGUUGUCAGUGUCAUUAAGCAUCAACAUCACAUAAUGGAUAACACCUGAUUAGCUCAGAAUAUGUACUACAUGUAUGAAGGCUCAUAUAAAAUGUAUUCAAAUUUAUUUUCUCUGUCUUCAUUCCUUUGUGUGACAACAAUGAUUAUGAAAAUUAAAGUGGUCUAUAAAGACCCAAGUGAUGGAUGUGUGGAUCUGGAGGGAUACUAUGGAUUCAGUGGAUAGCUGGAGAGGUGAUUCAGGGCGGGAUUGGAGGUUAUACGUCCUCAAAUACCCUCCACCCCCUUUCUUUAUUAUCUCCCUGUUUCUCUCGCUCAUACACACUGUUGACCAUUUCUAACACAGAUUGCCAACAGCUUGUUUUUUCUCCAGCUCUUCAGAGAAAUGCCACAUGGAUUUACAGGAGGAGGGUUCAGAUUAAGAUGAUAUGACAAUAUAAGCGAAGAUCCUUUCCUCCAAAGAUCAACUGAGAGCCCACAGGAAGAGACAGACAGACAAGAGGAAGGUGAGUAGUGAUGCUUGUUUUUAAAUGUGUAUUUUUCAGAAGAAAAUAUUGCACAGUGUAGAGGUAUUCCACUUUGAAGAGAUUUUGAUAAUAUCACAAACCUAUGUUAUGUUCAGUUUUCAAUGUUGUCCUAAUGUGACUGUCUUCUUUCAUCUUUUUUGUACCCCGUCCCUCAUGAGACUCAGCUGACUACCUGCUGGGAUCAUUAGAGAUUUAAGUUUAAGUCCUGCAGGCACAAACGAUUGAAAGAAAAGUUCCUGUUUUUCCCCCUGUGGCUAUUAAACAGGGUCAUCCAUAAGUGGUUCAGUGCAGCACAUCCAUGGGAGAGAAUGGUUCACAGUGGGACUCCUGGUUUGUCCUCUCGUCCAUUCACCCACUGUUCCUCUCCCAACUGUCCCCCUCUGCAGACCUGGCUGUUGCUGUCUUCCUCACCUUCACAGGUAUCUCAUCAGUGUUGGGGAAUGGCACAGUGUUGUUAGUCUAUUGUAGGAAAAGAAAGAAGCUCAGACCUCCAGAGCUCAUGACCAUCAACCUGGCUGUCUGCGAUUUUGGCUUCAGCCUCUUGGGGGCGCCAUUUUUCAUCACUUCCAGCCUGUGUCAUGCCUGGGUGUUUGGGGAGACAGGGUGUCUUUGGUACGGCAUCCAGGGCUUUGUGUUUGGCAUCGGGUCUCUGCUCACCACCUGUCUCAUCUCUUUGGACCGUUGCCUCAAAAUCUGCUGCUUAAGAUAUGGCAAGUUUGACCACAGACAUGACUGCAAUCUCAACCCCCUUCAGUCUCUUUAUUGAUAAAUUUCUCACUUCAAAAAACUAGAAUUUAACACA